UCCCCCACGCGCAUUAACCCACUACAGAGCGCAGAGUAAAACCGCGGGGUGGGAGUUAGGAUCGUCGCGGAGCUUCGGUGCGGGCAGAUUCACCCUCCUUCGCCCCGCUGAAGAAGCUGUUGAACCUGCUGUAGUACCUGCUAACCGGAGAGGAUAAUACAGGAAGAGACGCCCCGAUGGACGCGAGCAGGAGAGGGUCACAAGAUGAUUGACGACCAUCCCAACCAGCGGCUGAACUGCUAACGUGAAGGAUUUUAAAGAGACUGCAGUAGAACUCCUCAUUGGAGCUCCAUACCUGCGCUGCUCCAGGUGGAUUGAAUACAGAAGUGAAUAUUCACUGAAUUUUCAGAUGAUUGUGUAAACUAAAAGGAUAGUUGGACUAAACUGAGGGACAGCGGAAGAAGCUCUGUUCAUCAUAUCCUCUUAACAUCUUAACUAUUGUUAUCAUCAAACUGUGACAUUUAAGUAAUUAUCAUUGUGCUUGUAAAACCUAAACAAGAGAUCAGAUUUUCUCCUAUGAGGACUAUUUGCUGCUUGUUCUCAUCUCUCUCCCCGCUGCGCAUCAAUUAAAAUUACAACCUGCAUCUUCAAAGCGAGUGUGACAUGGUACUGUACUAUUUUAGCAUGACCUAGUGCUUGCAUGAGGAUCCAGGAUUGCUUUUGACUUCCAAGAAGGACCCUUAAGCUUCCAGCCAUCUUCUGACUGCCUGCCUGCCCGACUGUAGCAUUUGGGUGUGGAGGGGAGGGUUUGUUUCAGAAUUAAACCUCUGGUCACUCAAUGAAGAUGACUUAAGUUGGCAGGCCUGAAAGCUCCAUAACCAGAAAGAGAGAACAAGCUUGGCAGGAGGACUAACACCCAUCCAACACACACAAAUGUGGACGCUGUGGAGGCUUUGAGCCAUGCUGAUAUUGCUACUUGUGGAGCCCUGGAGAACAGGCUAUCAUCAUCCCUAUCAUCAUUCACCCAAGCUGAGGAAGAUUCAACAGCCCAAAGGAAAGAGGCUACACAUCUGAGCGAUUCAAAGAAGACUGUGAAACUGUGCUAACACAGAGAGAUCCAAAGCAGCAUCCUCAAUCACACGCACAGACACUCUAAUACUCCUCUCCACAAAUCCCCGAUACAGGAAAAACAAAGCUGCGGCGGACGUGAAAGACAGAGACUGAGCAGGUCAGGAACCUUUCACCAACAUGGCAGCCGAAAGUCUUGCUGAGCUCCGUGAUUGGCUCUUUCUCCUCCUCCUGGUCCUCACUUUAUUGGCUGAAGUGCUGGAGCUGGCGGCAGCUGCAAUCGCCAUGGAGACAGGCGAGGGAGAUGAGGGAAUUGUUUGUCCCUCCGUGUGUCGCUGUGAUGAGGGCUUUGUCUACUGCAACGACCGUGGCCUGAGCAUAAUCCCUCCGCUGCCAUUAACGGCUGCUAUCCUCUACUUGCAGAGCAACCGCCUGAGCAAUGCUGGGCUGCCACAGUCACUGGAACGCAGCACUUCUAUAAGAGUGAUAUACCUAUAUGCCAACCAACUGGAUGAGUUUCCGAUACACCUUCCUCCAUCCCUAAAGGAGCUUCAUUUGCAGGAUAAUAAUAUACGAACGUUACCGCGAUCAGCUUUGGCCAAGUUACCGUUACUAGAACGUUUACACCUGGAUGAUAACUCAAUAUCAACAGUUAGCAUCCAGGAUCGAGCUUUCUCUGGGACUCCAAGGUUACGACUGCUGUUUCUGUCUCGGAAUCACCUGUCGAGCAUCCCAGCAGGCCUUCCCGCAUCACUGGAAGAGUUGCGACUGGAUGACAACAGGAUCAGCACCAUCCCAACGCAUGCCUUCCGUGGUCUCUCCUCCCUGCGACGUCUGGUCCUGGACGGAAACCUGCUGGCCAACACACGGAUUGCAGACGAUACCUUCUCUCGCUUAUCUAACCUGACAGAGUUGUCGCUGGUCAGGAAUGCUCUACAGUCACCGCCAGUCAACCUGCCUUCAGCUCACCUGGUACGACUACACUUGCAAGACAACGGGAUGACCCAUAUUCCGAGGGCAACGCUGGAUGGGAUGAAGCGCCUACAAAGGUUGGACCUGUCAGGAAACAAUCUAACCAGUCUGCCUCGAGGGAUUCUGAGAGACACCGAAAGCCUGGAGUUACUGUUGCUCCGGGGAAACCCCUGGAACUGUGGUUGCAACCUUCGCUGGCUUCAUUCCUGGCUGCAUGGCCGUGGUUCAGCAGUGACAGUCAGAGGCCUUGUCUGUCAGGGGCCAGAGACUGUACGGGGCCAGUCGCUCAGAGAUCUAACAUCACUAAUGGAGCAGUGUGAAGGCCCCCCAGCAGGUUCUAGUCCUGGAGAAGUGGUGAACCCAGUCGAAAAAGAUGGAGGAGGUGAAGAUGAUGUUGGAGAGAGUCAAGUAGUCCCUCAUGGGACCACCACAACUGCCCCUCUAUUGGUCCCCACACAAGGUUCUCUCUUCACUCUGCGGCCUAAGUGGCCAGGUCUCAUUAUGCCCCUGCCUCCAGGGGAAGGUGGACAAGUAUCUGGAGAGGCCUUUGAGUUGACUGUUAAACCUCUCUCUUCAGACAGUGUCCUUGUGAGUUGGCUGUACCCACAGCCAGCACCCUCCUUCCGCCUGUCAUGGCUAAGAAUGGGAAGCAGUGUGGCUCUGGGCUCAAUGACAGAGACUUUGGUUGCUGGAGAGAAGAGGCAGUACCUCCUUAACCAGCUCACUCCACGUUCCCGUUACCUCAUCUGCCUUCUGCCACUGCGACAGGAGGCCUCUUUUGGGGGAUCCAGCAUGGGCUCAUCUCGAGCUAGCAGCAUGGACAUAGACAGUAAAGACUCAGCUCCAGCCUGUGCUCAGAUAGAGACUGGAGAUGUCAGCUCUGGAGGGGACGGUACAGACAAAGAGGGACAGGACUCUGAGCUAACAGCUCUGCCACUAGCUGGAAUUAUAGGAGGUGCCACAGCAUUAGUGAGCUUGCUUCUAAUCUUUGCCAUCUUCUGCUGGUAUGGACAGAGAUCAGGUUACAUGUCUGGGGACUCGGGUUCAUACAGCAGAGGUCGGGGUGGGAAACAUUAUGAUGACUACGUAGAGUCAGGCACCAAGAAAGACACUUCCAUCCUGGAAAUCAGGGGCCCUCCUGCAGGCUUUCAGAUGACAGCUAUGGCCCAUCAGUCACUGCAGCCUAAGCUGGAGGAUGUUACAUACAUCCACACCAUUUUCCCUUCCUCCUCCUCCUCUUCCUCCCAAGCUAAUGGGACCUACCGGAGCAGCCAUGGAGCUGGAAGUCUCAAUGGCACUAUCCUCAGCCAAGCCAGCCACCAUCAUGUCACUUAUGGCACCAAUCGUGGCUACAGAGAGGGUGGCAUCCCCGACAUAGAUUAUGCCUACACGUGAUGACAAAGGGCACACUCCCUGAGCUACCAGAGCCCUGUUCGCUGGUGGCAUUUUGCCCUUGGUUUCCAAAGUACCCUCUGUGCCUCUGAUGGUUCGAUUCUGAUUGGUUUGGUUAGUAGAUGAUGAUGAUGAUGAUGGGACAAUGUUAAUAAGCAACAGAAGUAAGAGUCCCACUAUACUCUUCUGCUGUAUCCUACAAAAUACAGUAGGCUUUUCUCUCGGCACUGCUUAUUGUUCUAAAUGGUUAUGUUUCCUCUUUUGGAUAUCUCAGUGUCUUUCAAACGUACUGCUCUUCUCAGCUCAUAAUAAUACACGGUAAAUUAUUUGAGGUUGAUAUACUAGGCUUAGCUGAUUUAGCAGGAGAUAUAUUUAUAAUACGAGGAAAAGGCACUUGAUGUGUAUAGAGAUAGCGCUCAUAUCUUCCUUCUAACUGUAAGCUCUGUGCUGUAUAGAUAAAAUGGGUGACAGAAAGGAGAAAUCAAUGGUUGUCAUAACCCACAGAUGACAAUGCAUCAUGGCUGACAUGAAAAGACGUGUUCCUUGCUCCCUUCUUUCCUCUGGUUUACUUCUCCCCCCACCCCCUUUUAAUUUUUCCAUCUUUCCGCCUCUUUUUUAGUUUUGUUUUCCUUUUUUUGGAGCUGAAGCUCUUUUCCUUUCAUUCGUCUCGUGUCUUUUGUGGUGCUGUGAGCAGAGGACGACUUUGUUCUCGCCAAAGGAGCUGACAGCAGUGAUAACAGCUCUGACAGAGACGGGAGACACAAACCACAGCAUGGGUAGACUAAUGAGUGGGAAAGAAAAGGGGGAAAGUGUGUGCGAGGGGGUGAUGGAUAGAUGGGUGGAUGGAGGAAAAGAAAAUAAAAGACGACAAGGGGAAAAAGAAAAGGGUGCUGUUUGGGUGGGGGGAUGUAGUCUCUCUGAGAGGUGGCUUGCUUAUGGCAGAGAGUGAGGAAGGAGAAGAAAGACACAGGAGUUAAGUUAAAAAAGGGCGCGUGACCAAUGAAGCGGCAGGAGGCGAAAAAGAGGACAAAAGGAAAAGAAGAUCGAGGGGAAGAGGGCUGACAACUGGAAUAAUGUGACUUCUUCAUCUUAAAAAAGGAUAUAAUUUUGCCCGCAGCGUGGCCACUGCUUCCAACAAACAUGGGCGUUAAAAGACUGCAUGAUUCUGUCAAAAACUUGAUUGAACUUUGUUUGAUUUAUAGAGCGGAGAACAUUUCAAAAAAUAAAACAAAGCGAGGUAGAAGGUAGAAAAACAAAAGGCAAAAUAAUCUCCAAGCAAACAAGACAAAAAAAAUACUCUGAAUUAAGAAGAACAGCAUGAACUCAGUUUUUAAUUCGGCUUGGUCUUAUUAUUAAAUCAUCUUUCACACAGUAAUGAAAGAAACUAAUCAUGCAUCUUAUAAUAGUAACCCAUUUAUCUUCAAGAGUAAGGCCAAACUUUUUUUAUUUGGCAAUAACUUGGAGCAACAGAUCAUUUUGUGAAGGAAAUUACAAUGACUGAGCUCUUAUUACUCACAUUAUGGAGCUUGGGGUUGAUUAAAGAUAUUUGUUUUCUUUCUGUUGUUUUUAUUGUGAUUCAGGAAAAAGAAAGAGGGGGAACAUACUCAUAAAAACUAUCCAUUAUAUUAAAUGUGAUUUUGCAUUCUGAUAUUCAUGUGUUCUACAGUUGAUCAUACAAAACCCCCAGUAUUGUUGGUUGAUCAAGUACUAUUGGAUAUUAAUUUAAAAAUAAACACACUUCUCAAAAUACAAAGUUUUCAAAAAUGUUGUGGAGACAUCAUAAUAAAGUAGGACUUUUUCAGUUUGUUGUGUUUCUCACAAGAAAAAAGGGGCAAAAAAACAUUUUAGCACUGUGUGAAUUAAAAAUGUCCACAGUCUAUGUUGGAAAAAUAAACACAAAGAUCCCCUGAAGACAGAAUUCAAAAAGGGAAAAACUGAAGUUUCUCACCAAUACUGAUGUCAAAAUUCAAAAUGGCUGCCAUAAGGAGGUUAGAGGGAGGAGUUUAUCUAUUGAACAUUAUUUAAUAGUGUUUGAAUGGACAAAAUGCCUAGAUAGGUGUAAGCUUAUACUGCCAAAAGUAAGUAGUGUGUAGUUAGUGUCCACACUGAUUACUGUCCACUGAUUAGUGUGGACACUAACAACAAUUGGUAUAGCCUAAUAGUUUUCUGACUUGCAGCUCAAACAUGGAUCAUGGAUGCACUGGGUUUGAGGCCUUCUCCAGAUGCAAGUUCAGACUUCAUAAGUAAAUGAAGUGCAGCUUAAGUGGCCACUUUCACUUUUUCUUGAUUCUUUAAACAUUCCCAAUUUCUCUUUUUAUGUAGUAUUUCAUUAUAGAGCAAUGACCUUGAACAGUUUUAUGGACUGUUUGGGCCUUCAAACACUUCACACUUUUAAUACAUUUGAAAGUGACACCAGUUAUAGAACCAUGGAUAUAGUAAACCAACCCCGUCAUAUUUUCUUAUGUGAUCUUAGAUAUGUUCAGACACUAAAUAUAGAAAUUUUAAAACAAUGGAUUUCAUUUUUAAUUAAAAACACAAUAUGACUGUCCAAGCUCCAAACUUAGGAUGCUAAGUUUCUGUAAACCAGAUAUUUACAUAGAAUUUAUAAAUAAAGACACAAAUUUCUCUCACAGUAAAUCAUUUGAAGAUUUAUCUGUUUCAGGUCAGUUAGUGAUGCCAAAGUUAUUUAAUAUUUAAGAAAUUCCAGAAUAAAGAGGGUUUUUUUAGGCCUCUUUUUAAUUUUCUUUUUCUAAUUCAGAAGAUUACAAACAUUUCUCUUUUUUCCAUUUGGAAAUAAUGUUUUUUAACAAUUUCAUUUGUGAAAUAUUCGGACCUAUUCUCAAAAUAUUUUAGUGUUUUGCGAAGACCACUAAAAAACUUGGACUCUGUUGUCUUCAUGCCAUUUUAUGGCAACAUGCUUAGGGUUACUGUUUAUUGAAAAUGCGCACUUUUGCCCAAGCUUUCUGGAUGAUGUCUUGACAUCUUGCUUUAAGAUUUCCGAACAAUAUUACCCUUGUUACACAUAGAAUUUACAUGAAUAGCAGAUUAUAUGUUAUGUAAUCUGUGAGUCUCCAGUCACCUGGGAAGCGCCAACCGUCCUCUUGCAGCAAACCACCCAGGCAACAUGAUGGCUGCCACUCCCAUUGUUCUCAGAAGGAUGGUGCAAGCAUCAAACCUUUUAAUCCAAAUGUGACUUCAGUUUUAAAUUCAGACCUCAGAAGGUUAACAUUAUUGUUCCUGAGGGCAUAUGCAAAGUGUAAUUUUUAUGUUUGUUUUAAAGUAAUGGUUUCUUCGUCUGAGUGGCCUUUCAGCCUAUGUCACUUCAGGACUCUGGGAAGCAGAACCCAUAUCCUUCUUGAAAGUCAUUUUGACAGGGAAUUCCCCUGAUGUUUACACUUAAAUAUAUUUGUUUAAACAGAUGAAUGUUGCACCUUCAGGUCUCUGGAAAUUAGAUCCAGCGUUGAAGAUUUAUGGAGACAUUUAGCAAAUACUGUAUGAAUAUCUGGUGUUUUCCUAACUGACCUAAAGCAUGAAAAAUUGAGGGAAAACGGAUGUGUCUUUGUAUACAGUACAUUUACACAAAUGUCUUGUUUCAACUUUACAUUUCACAUAAAAUGGGAAGAUAUUACUAUACAUUUUGGAUUAUCUAAAAUUGCAGCCUCAAUUAAUUUAGUAAUUAAUUGCAGAAUACAUUUUAACUUGUAUUUUUUUAUUAAGCUAAAGCACUGAAAAUCAGACAGGUUUGUUAACCUAAAUUAUUUAAGAGGAGCUGAUAAAGUGUUGGCAGAGAAACAUUUGUUGACUCAGGAUGUCCAGUUUUAUGGCCUUAGAUAAGCAUAGAAGAUCUGUUAACAGCCCGACCGCUUCACUGUGCAUCUCAACACCAACACGUCCACAGGAAAGCAGCCCCUGCUCUCUGACUGCCUCUCACUGAGCCCACUAAUAGACCCAAAUGCAGGAGGAACUUUGAUGGAAAAUCAUUUUUAAACAGCCAGAUUUCCAGAUAAAAGAGAAGGGAGGAUAGAGAGGAAGAAAGGAGAAACUUAGAUAGAGCCUUUAAGUGUUGAAACCCGUUCCUUCUUUCUUUUGGUUGUACUCUUCUGAUUUUCCUUCCUGUGUUGCUGUGUAUCAAUGAUAAUCAAGGAGCUCUGGUGUGUAUUUUUUAGUUUCUUUAUCUCUGUAUUUUUUUUUUCUUAAAAUCAAUUUUUGAAAGAACAGUAAAGCUACCAUUCAUUCUUUCUAGAAAAUCUUUCCUUUAAAAAGAUGUGAUAAUGAAAACACUUAUGUAUAGACAAAACCGAGUGCAAAAUGCUGUUUCAUUUAUUGAUCUGUCGUCUUUUUUCUACGCGGAUGAAUAAAGACUUGUGAGA